UUCCACAGAACCAUCACGUUUUAACUUCCUUUACUAUUUCGGGGUCUUCCGGUUAGCAGAAGCUGCCUGCUGCCCCCUAUGGCAGCAUCUUGUUUAUGCCCCCUUCGACUGCAACUGCAGCUCCAGCUCCAAAUCCUGAUGUAAAUGAAAUUGAUCACCCGUAGAUUACUAACAAAUUUUCACCAGCUUCCUCUUCUAACAUCACCGAAAUUGGUGAGAAACUGUUAUCGGAGUUCAGAAAUAACCCAUUUUGAGAAUUUUAUAAAGAACCAAUGCAAGUCUGGGCAGAUCAAAAAUCUCGCUAUAGCAAGGAUUUAUUUUGAAAGAAUGAUUUCUGUGAACCCGUUACCAUCUACAGAUACUUUUAAUCAUCUAUUAACUUCAGUAUCCAAGCUUACAUGUUAUUCCACCGUUAUUCAAUUGUAUAAACUGAUGAGUUUAGGUGGAGUGGAACCUAGUAUCUAUACAUAUAACAUUCUGAUCAAUUGUUGUUGUCAAUUAAGUCGAGUUGAAUAUGGGUUUUGUUUGUUUGGUGAAAUUUUGAAGAGGGGUUAUAAUCCUGAUACAAUUACUUACAACACUCUGUCUAAGGGACUGUGUACGCAGGGACCGGUAGGUUCUGCCUUUAGAGUGUUUGAGAGAAUGACUGAACAAGGUAUUCGACCUAAUGUUGUUACAUGUAAUACCCUUAUUCGUGGGCUUUGUAGAAAUGGGGAAGUCGAACUUGCUCUAGAGUUGCAGAGGACGAUGGUGAAAUGGAACUGCAGGUCUGAUGUGAUUACUUAUACUUCUUUGAUCCAUGGAUUUUGCUGUGUUUGCAGGUUAAAUGAAGCAAUGGCACUUUAUGAUGAGAUGUGUAGUCGAGGUGUUUCACCAAAUGUAGUAACGGUCACUGUGCUAUUAGAUUCUUUGUGUAAAGAAAGGAGAAUGGAAGACGCUUGUCGGGUCUUUGAGAGAAUGAGUAAGUUAGGCUUGGAACCUGAUGUAGUCACAUAUACUUCGAUGAUUAAUGGAUACUGCGAGAAUCACAGAUUGAAAGAAGCUAUUCAACUCUUCAAUAUAAUGCAACAGAAGGGUUUUGAGCCAAACCAAUUUACUUAUAGCACGCUAAUAUCUGAAUUUUUCCGGAUUAAAAAUGUCGGAGAAGCAAAACGCUUAUUCAAUGAGAUAAAAUCUAGUGAACAAUGUUUGGACCUAACCAUAUAUGGCGCAAUGUUGGAUGGGCUCUUCAAGAAUCAUGAGUGUGAUGAAGCAAACAAACUUUUUCAUUCCCUGAAGGAGAAAGGCUUCAAAGUUAAUGAUUAUAUAUACACUAUAGUCAUUGAUGGGUUGUGCAAGGUUGAGAAACUUGUGGAUGCAAGGAAAUUAUUUUGUGAACUCCGUAACCAAAAAUUACUGCUGGGCGUUAGAGCAUGUACUGCAAUGAUCCAUGGGCUAUGCAAGAAAGAGAUGUCAUUUGAGGCUGAGAAAAUUAUUAUUGACAUGGAAAAGAAUGGUUGCUUACCUGAUGCUAUCACAUAUAGCACAAUCAUUCUAGGGUUUUUUCACCAAGGAGAGGUUGAUAAGGCGAAACAAUUUCUUCGAGAAAUGUAUAUAAGAAAUCUUGUUCCCAACAAAGCCGUGAAAUCAUUAUUCAAUCUCACUGAACACCCCUGAAUAUAUGUCUGAUAUAAUCACGUUACUGUGGUGCUACGGGUUGGUGACACCGACUUCAACUUCUAAGUGCACAAAUCUCCGAUUUUGUUACGUUAUUCUUGGGUGACCCUUUUGACAUUCUAUUAAUGCUAUCGGAAUGUAGGUAAUGUUAUGUAUUCCUUGAUGCAUCUCUUGUCCCACUCAAGUAAGCAUUCUUCAUCGGCCGUUCUUCAACAAGCGCCUGUGGCAUCUUACCAAGUCCAAGGACCAAUUUUCUUGACGAAGUACUUGUUUACUUGGAAUGCUGCUGUAAAGUGUUCUAUACAUAUAUGUACUUCAAAGAUGUGUAGGAUUUAGCCACAGAGUUACAGAUCAAGUUUGACAUAUGCGUCUGAUCAACUACUAACAACCUAUGAUAAUGCUGAACGUUUUCAGGUCUAUGCACUUGUUUUGAUCCGAACAAAUGUGAUACUGGCGAGGUCUCGAUCAUUAGCUAACAGUAUUGCGUCUGAGGCCCUGCAUGAUGAUAUUUGUAGGCUUGUUGCCAUCAGCCAGAAAGAAUAUUGCAGUAACUGAACUGCUUCAUCAACGAAAGUUACUGAUGUCGCCUCUUGGGUGCUUGAUAACCCGACGUUGAUUUGAUAAGCGAAAGGGUGUGGGUUCACUGGGUUGACAUUCAAAUAUUUAAGGGGAUACUCAACCAAAAAAGUGGUGGCUACCAAUCUAUCGAUCUCUCAAUUGCUGCAAAACAGUUGGUUGAGCUGAUGUCCUUCUCGAAAGUGCUCAGUUAAAUUCCAUUGAAAAUGGAACAGAUACAAUCUCUAGUUGUAUCAAUCCCAAUAGAAUUCGUCAAGGUCAUGCUACUCCCCAUGUAGUCCUUUCAAAAUUCAAUAGUUUUUAGCGGGAUUCUCAAGUGGCUCGGUAAAGAACCAUAGGACUCAGCUUUGCCGAAUUGUUCUUGAAUUAUGGUUUCUCUUUCGUCUGGGGCAUUUUGUUGUCCCAUCUAUUCUAGUGCAACAAUAACAAAACCAUAUCUGGGUUCUUUUUGUGAAGGAAAUUUGGUGUACACGGAAAAAUUUGUGGCAACAGACAGGUUGUAAG